GAAAUCUGCUUCCGCUACGUGGAGAUCUACUUCCGGGUCUUACGUGGCGGUUGAAAGAGUGGCGGGAGAGGUUGCUGGUGAGGGAAUUAAUAUGCUGGCACAUACUGAUGGCUCUGAAGGCAUCACUCUCACUGGAUUCCAGUGACAGUGACUCUGAGGAGUUGCCAACAUUUGCCUUUCUGAAGAAGGAGCUGUUUUCAACAAAGAGGAGGCAGCCUCAGAAGGAGGAGAAUGUGGUCGUGGUUGACAUCUCAGAUUCUGAGGCCUCCUGUCCCCCAUCACCAAAACGGAAAGAUCCAUCACCUGUUCCAGAGACAGCUGAAACGCUCACACAAACAGAGCCAGUCAGGGUGCUAAGCAGUGAAAGUGAGGAGGAGGAGGAGGAAUUUAUUUCCCUGGCUGAGAGACUGACUUGUAAGUUUUUGACCCACAAGCAUCUGAGUCCUGAGGACUCUAGCUCCCCAGUUAAAAGUGUUUCGGAUCAUCAGAAUAAUGGAGUAUCACGUGACUGGCAAAAACAGCCCUUUCCAAAGAUCCAAGGUAUUCCCCUCCAUGACACCGCAGGGAGGUGUGCAUCAAAUAACAAGGACCCUGUGGUAGACAGUCCAUGCCAUCAGCUUCCAGCCUCCCACGCUCCUUGCUCUGCCCAGAGCUACAGCUUGACAGGCACCAAAACAAGUGCUGAGGUACCCCCGCCUCAGAAGAGAACCAAGCACAAGCAGAAGGACGGGAAGAGAGGCUCACAGGGAUGCCAGCAGCGUGGACAAACAAGCCAGAAGGAAAGCACGCAGAGGCAACAGGAAAGGAAGAAGAAGGCAGCCCUGGUUAAUAGGCUGAGAGCUCAGAGGCCAGAGGAAUGCUUAAAGCACAUUGUGGUGCAGCUGGAUCCAGUGCUUUUGCAGAUGGAAGGUGGGGGCCAGCUGCUCAGCGCCCUGCAGUCCAUGGAAUGCUGCUGUGUGAUUGAGGCGCAGGCUGUGCCCCGCAGCAUCACAUGGAGGAGAAAGGCUGGCCCCACUGAGGAUGGAGAGGAGAGCUGGGUGGAGGAGCCAGUGGUCCUGGCGCUGCUCCUGGCAGAGGCGUUCGUGUCCAUGAUCUCCAACUUCAAGCAGGGAAGUCUGGACAGCACCGAGGAAGGGAAGGAAACACUUCGGAGCUUUGUAACUGACAUCACAGCAAGGACAGCUGGGAAAGCUCUGACACUGGUGAUUGUGGAUCAGGAGAAAUGCUUCAGUGCUCCGAAUCCUCCCAGGAGAAGAAAACAGGGAGUGGCAAAUAGAGAACAGGCCAAGGAGAAGAAACAGAGGCAACCAGAGACCAACCCAGGGACCACGGUGACCAGGGUGGACGUGGAAGAGGCAUUGGUGGAUCUGCAGCUACACACGGAAGCCCAGGCUCAGAUCGUGCGGAGCUGGAAAGAGCUGGCUGACCUCGCGUGCACAUUCACAAAGGCUGUGGCUGAGGCACCAUUCAAGAAACUACGGGGUCAAACUAGCUUCUCCUUCUGCCUGGAGAGUGAUUGGGCUGGAGGGGCCAAGGUGGACCGCUCUGGCAGAGGGCUGGCACUGGUCUGGAGGAGACAGAUUCAGCAGCUGAACCGAGUCAGCCUGGAAAUGGCCAGUGCCGUUGUGGAUGCCUAUCCCUCCCCGCAGCUCCUGAUCCAGGCUUAUAAGCGGUGCUUUUCCGAGCAAGAACGCCAAAACUUGCUCGCAGACAUCCAAGUGCGCCGUGGGGAAGGCGUGACAGCCACCUCCCGCCGUGUUGGGCCAGAGCUGUCUAGGCGGGUCUACCUUCAGAUGACAGCUUUGCAGCCAGAUCUCUCUUUAGACGGUACAGACUGAUGCCAGCCCCCAGGGACAAGGAUGAAAAGCUGGAUUUCCACCGCCCCCACCUGGGAGCAUGACUACAGUGCAGGGAUUAGAAGCACCCCCGGCAGCACAAGGCCAGCUCCUGCCCACAACAGGCUCUCUGAGCGUCACUAUUUGUGAUAGUUUCCCUGUCAAUGUGGGAUGGAGGCUGAGAUGCUCGCAUCUGCCUUCCUCCCUUAGCACGUCGACUGCCACGUACAAACCACCUCUACCCUGCCCCAGCCAGCUCUCAAAACACGAAGGAACAAAGGCAAACCACUCAGACACGUAUUUAAUAAUUGCAGAAAUUCAAAAGAACCUCAACAUCAAAUCUCGAGGUCACGAGCGAACUGCCCUGGGCGGGUUGCUAGACGAGGCUGGGUGUGCGCCGGCCUGCCUCGCACCCGCCGAAGCUGCCUCCGCCAGCCAAGGAACGGGGGCCCGAUCGCUAUGCUGACUUCUGUCUUAAUCCCCAUGAUAUGUACUAUGCGUUUAGUUUCAAUAAAGCAUUUGUAUCGAUGGCUCUGGAGCUUGGAGGAAGACUAA